AUGGCCAAAGACCUUACCAUCCUCCAAGCGGUGUUCAGGGCCGCUACUCGCCGUCACUUGGAUACCACUUACACGCGAGACGACGUCCAACGUUACGCCCAAAAUGAAAGCUUCCACCCGCCUACGAAUUCCGAAGGCUAUCAUCACUUCUCAUACCACACCGCCGCUGGUUCGGCUAACUUUACCCCAACACACAACCUUCGGGGUACAUAUGAUCCACCUACUAAUGUCACGCCAAUGAGCCACACUUUGCAGGCAGUUAGACAUGGUUGGGAAGGACUUUCGUCCAACAAUGAUACAUUGCCAGGUACUCAAACGGCAACAUACACGCCGCUUGUGGCUCCUCAACGGACGACUGUGGGCCAUACCGAUGAGAGAAAUGAAAUUUCAACGAUAUACAGUGCCCAGCCAGUCAGCGCAUCAGCGCCUCCCAUGGCUACACUUGCCUCGCACGAUGCUUACUUUCGUGCUCGCGAGGACACGGCGAUUCAACUUCCUCGACAGAAUGAAUGUUACUCGCCCUCACUUGGGUACCGCGUGCAAGCGGCACCUGCCCGUCUUCCGAAAUCGCACGAUGAGGAUGUCUAUGAGGAAACUGUUGGGCUGCAACCCGCGUUUUAUGCACCUCAGGACGUUGAUUAUCUCGGUCAACAGUCAACCCGCGCGACGUCGUUUCCCGCGCCAAACAUGGACCGACAUGUCCUGCCUUCGGGGAUUCUUGCCGCCACGUCUUUCUCAAUCCUCCCUUCCGUCUCUCGGGAUGUGGCUACUGGGUCACCGGUGCUCAAGGUCGACAAGUCGAAAUUCAAUGGCUGUCGUGGCCCUCAGGGCCUGUCCAAGCGCACCCGGGCUCCUACGUUCAUUUUCCAUCCCUCCCUCAUGUAUUCAGGAAUGCCGUACAGCGAAACAGCUACCCACCUUCAUCUUCGACUUUGGCUGCUGGCUCAGCCCAAUACCUCAAUAUUCCUGGCACACAUGUCUUCUGUCGGGUUCCAUAACCCCCCAUCUUCCAUCUUCCAGACCAGUAACCCAGGGAGCACACGUUUAGCAUCAUUCACUGAGGGUAACCCCCCGUUCGCGUAUCGCGAGGCGCUGGGGAGCCGCUCCAACCCCAUGGGUGUAGCCGUUCGCCACGAAAUUGUUCCGCAGGGGAGCUCGAAGAACCCUGCGGGUUUACCCAAUCAAACAGGGAUUACGGCGCUCCAUCUGCGAAAAGACCACGGGAAGAAACAGGCCCCAGCCUGA